AUCAAUAAACAGUUCACACAUUGAUCAGAGCAGAGAAUUCCGGCUGAUAUCGCUGUACCUGAACGCAGCACCGUCUCCGCACUUCUCCAUCAUUAAGAAACAUGAGCGACACCGGGACCGAGACCGACCCCCGCACCGGGACCGGGACCGAGACSCGCUCCUCUCCAGAGACGGGCUCCGGUCCCGGGACCCGCUCCUCUCCAGAGACSSGCUCCUCUCCAGAGACGGGCUCCGGUCCCGGGACCCGCUCCGGCUCUGACCCGCUCAUCCUGUUCGUUAACGGAAAGAAGAUCGUUGAGAAGGAUCCGGAUCCUGAGACGACCCUGCUGACGUAUCUGAGGAGGAAACUGGGUUUAACAGGAACAAAGCUGGGCUGUGCUGAGGGGGGGUGUGGAGCCUGCACCGUCAUGGUGUCCAGAUACCAGGCUCAUCAGCUGCUGUAUCCUCAGUGU